AUGAUUUUAUUGACAGGUACAUCUUCUAGAUCAUUUUAUCCAAAAAUCCUUUAUGCUUCUCGAACACAUAGUCAACUGGUACAAGUAAUCCGUGAAUUAAAUAAAACAACUUACAAAGACAUUAAGACUGUAACAUUGGCUUCACGUGAUGUACUUUGUAUCAAUGAUAAAGUGAUGAAAGAAAAUAAUAGUCAUGUCAAAUCACUGAUGUGUAGGAAUUUGAUCAGAAAGCAUCGAUGUCCAUUUUAUAAUUUCUAUGAAAAAGCUGAUCCAUCAACGUUAGAUCUGUUAUAUAGCAAAAAUGGAUUGGUUCCAGAUAUUGAAGAAGUCAUCAGUGUGUCUCGGAAGCAUAAGUAUUGUCCUUAUUUUCGGAGCCGUUCAAUGUAUGAAAAUGCCGAUCUCAUUCUUUUACCAUAUAAUUAUAUCGUCGAUCCUUCCUUGCGAUAUAAGCAUAACAUUCAGCUCAAAGGAAAUAUUGUCAUUUUCGAUGAGGCACAUAAUUUGGAAUCAGUUUGCGAAGAGUCAACAUCAGUAUCAUUUUCAACUACCCAAAUAAGUGCAUGCAUAAGAGAAACAAAGAAAGUUUUGGAAUUAAUGAUAAAUGAUGAAGAGGAAGUUCGAACUCAAAUGGAUAAUACAGUUGUACCAAUUGGUACUGAAAUUCAGGAAACAAAUGAAGUGAAAAUUGAGAAGAAUGACGUAGCUUACUUGCUUGCAUCCUUGCAUCAGUUUGAAGAUGCUGUAGACGUUUGUGCGAAAAGUGGAGGCAAGAAAGUGACUGGUAUUGAUGGUAAAGUUUAUCCUGGUGAACAUAUGAUUGAAUUACUGUCAAAAGCAGGAUUUCGAAAGGAUAUGAGGGAAGCUGUAUCACAGACUAUUGAUAAAAUUGGGCAAUACCUCACAGCAAAAGCACAAAAUGAAACGAUUGGAGAAUUUGUGGAAAAAGGAGUUUAUCUUCAAGAAUUUUCAUCAUUUAUUUCAACUAUUUACGCAUAUAAACAUGCUUCAUCACAAGCAUUGGAUAGUCCUGCAUGUGUAGUGAGAAAAAUGCACAAAAAGAUUACGGAUGACAGCAUCGUGAAAUAUUUUCAACUUUACAUAACAAAGCAUAGUUCAGUAAUAACGCUGAAUUACUGGUGCUUUUCACCAUCAGUUGCAAUGUGGUAUCUUCACUCAUGCGGUGUACGUUCUGUGAUUGUAACCAGUGGUACCUUAUCACCGUUAGAUUCAUUUAUUAAUAAUCUCGGUAUAAGUUUCCCGAUAGCGCUAGAAAAUCAGCAUGCUGCUAACGUGGAUCAAAUUUUGUGUGCACGUAUUCGUUCUAGUCAAAGUGGAAUCGAUCUCUGUGGUACUUUUCACAAACGGAGCAGUUCAGCGUACGUAUUUGGAAUUGGUGAAGUUAUUGUUCGUGCUUGUCAAAUCAUUCCGGAUGGUAUCUUGGUGUUUUUCUCGUCCUAUGUUACUAUGAAUACAUGCCUGAAAUUCUGGAAGACAUUAAAAUUUGGCCCAAUGUUCAUAUGGGAAACAAUAUCAGCUUAUAAAGAAGCAUUCGUUGAACCAAAAUCUAAGUUGGAGCUGAAAACAGUACUAUUGCAAUUUAGGCAAAAAGUGAGAGAAGGCGGUAAUGGUGCUAUCUUAUUUGCUGUUUGUAGAGCUAAGGUAAGCGAAGGGAUCGAUUUCUUAGACAGUGAAAGCCGUGGUGUUAUCGUAAUCGGUAUUCCAUACGCUCCAACAAUGGAUCCUAGAAUUGAACUUAAGAGACAAUUUCUUACGAAACAAAGGAUGGUUGUCGUGAAGCAAGAGCUAAGAAAAAAUAUAUCAGCUGACGAAUGGUAUCAAGUGGAAGCAAUUCGUAGUGUGAAUCAAUCAAUUGGCCGUGUUCUUCGACAUAAAAAUGAUUUUGGUGUUGUCAUUCUUGUUGAUUCAAGGUUUUGCUCGAUGUCAUCAAAAUGGUUUCCUUCAUGGAUGCGUGAAUGUUUAAAAAAUUACCAAGAUAUCAGCGAUUUUGAAGACGAGUGUAAGCAGUUCUUCAAAAAGAGAAAUAUUGAGAUACGUAUUAAUAAAAGACCCAUAUCAUCAGCUACGGAAGUGGCACCCGGAUUUGUUUGUUGCCGGAAGCAACCUGAAAUCAAGCCAAAUAAUGAUGGCUUGCAUUUCGAUAUAAAUGCACUGUACUCUUCUGAAGCAGUAGCAGCGUUUGAAAAAAGCGUUGGUAUCGAAGAUACUAUACCAAAACGUCCAAAAAAAAGUUGUAUUUUUGAGGAAUUAGAAGAGGAGGCGAAAAAGGUAAAUGAAUUAGUUGGUACCACUCAUUCAAUUGAUGUCGACAAUAACCCUAUUCAGUCAGGCAGUAACUUGAUAAUCCCAAAAACAAAACCUAAGCUUCGCAUAAAGCCGAAUGCUUCAUUGUUGUUCGAGGUGGAUACAUCUGAGGGAAAAAUAAAAGAUUACAAAUCUUUACAGCUGUUGCAAUCUGAUGACGAGGUAAUAGCCAGUUGGCGAAGAUCUGCACUAGACUACAACAAGUUGCUUCAAUCUAUUGAGAAAUCGAAACGCAUUACUCUAAAAAUGGCACUAACAAAUUAUGCGGCGGAUAAUAAUUUUCAAACAUUAAUUUCGACAUAUGCGAUGGAAACUAUACCGGACCAUUUGGAAGUUUUUAAAGGUCUUUAUGGGUAUUUGCAAGUGAACCAUCGACCCGAAUUUAUAAUGACGUGUCGACAGCUCAAACUUAUAUAA